AUGGAUGAAGAUGGUGAUGAGAUAGACGACGAGGAUAAUGAUUCAUUUCCAGUACAACCAGCUACUAAGAGAACGAAGAAAUCAAAGCUGACACCACUCGAUGAACAAGUGAAGGAAUUGAAAUUACAGCAUAUGGACAAAGUGCUCGCUAUCCAGGUUGGUUACAAGUACAAGUUUUUCUGUCAAGAUGCUGUGAGGGUUCACAAGAUCUUGAACAUUAUGCUCGUCCCAGGGAAGUUAAACUUGAUUAAUGAAACGGCAGCUGAUAUGCUAUAUCAUAAACUGGCAUACUGCUCCAUCCCAGAAAACAGACUCCAUAUUCAUCUACAGAGGUUGUUGGAUAAAGGGUUAAAAGUUGGCAUUGUUGAUCAGGCAGAGGCAAGUGCAGUGAAGACCUUGGAUGACUCAAGACCAGCUUCAUCAUUGUUCAAGCGGAAAUUGUCGAAAGUUUUCACAAAGGCAACAUAUAUCGAAUACGAUGAAAAGAACUCGGGAGUGAAAGAUGACCGUGCAGUGGAUUCUCUAAUGUCCAUUAUAGAGCAUAACUCAUCUGAUGGUAAACUACACAUAACAAUUGUCACUGUACAACCUUUAACUGGCGAGAUUAUUUACGAUGAAUUUGAAGCAGACUUUCUCAGAAAUGAACUCAACACCAGGUUACAUCAUUUGGAGCCAAUAGAGAUACUGUAUUUUGAGGAUUCAUUAUCUGAAUUGACAAUUCAGACACUGGAUGCUUUUGUUCGUCAGAACUCAUCGACAAAUAUCAGAAAAACAACAUUCCCAUUACUGAAGAAAACGUACUACGAUGUUUACAUGAACAACUAUGUAUCACAGUGGCCUCAACUGUUUGAUUUCAUGUCGUCAAAGUCGCCACAGUUCCAAAUUGCAACUGCAUUACUACUUGAUUAUUUGAGAGAGUUUGACCUUGAUGCUGCUUUCCACAUUGAAGAGAACUAUAAGAACUUUCAAGAUCAUACGCACAUGAAAUUGAAUGCCUUAACACUACAGAAUUUGGAAUUAUUCCAAAACUCAACAAAUGGAGAAGAGUAUGGGAGUCUUUUAUGGUUGAUGAACCAUACUCGUACCAAGUUCGGGUUUCGUCUUUUGAGAAAAUGGAUCUCCCAACCGUUAGUUCAGAGGGAACAGAUAGAACAAAGACUAGAUGCCAUUGGAAAUAUCCACGAUUCCUAUAAUCACUUUUUGGAAAGUUUUGCUUCCCUGUUGAAGAAUUGUCCUGAUUUAGAAAAGAUCCUGAACCGCAUACACUACGGCAAAGUUGGACAUAAGGAACUCUACGUUUUCUUGAACAAACUCAACGAAUUCAACAAUUUGAUAACCAAGUUUGGAAGGUUUGAUAUUUUGACAGGUUUACACUCCCCGUUGUUAAAAACAUUGUUCAGCAACAUGAUCCAACUAUGCUUGGACUUGGAAAUAAACCAAGUUCUGAACAUGAUACACUCACCAAGUGCGCUAUCAGAGGAUCCUGAUGAGCGUAUAUUGACAUAUUUUGUUUUGGAAAAUUUAACAAUAAACCAUGAUUCAGUGCUUCAAGAGCAGGCUGAAAUCAAGAACAUUGAGAAAUCUUUUGAACAAGAGUUGAAGGACUGCAGCACAAUUCUCAAGAAGCCUCACCUUCAAUACGUGACCAAGUCAAAAGAGCCAUAUCUAAUUGAGGUUCACAAUGCAAAUCUCAAGAAAGUACCAAAAGAGUGGAUCAAAAUUUCAUCCACCAAGCUGGUAUCAAGAUUCAGAACACCAACCACAAACAAGCUUUACAAAGAACAGCUUUACCACAGAGAGCUCUAUAAGCAGGCAUGCUGCGAUGUUUUUGACGAAUUCACCUCUGAAGUUGACAGACACUAUACCCAGCUUUCCAAAUUUAUACGCUGCCUUUCUGAGUAUGACUGCAUACUCUCUCUUGCAGCAACAUCAUCCGUAACCGGGUUCACCAAGCCAGUGUUUGUCGAUGAAAGAAUCGUCCGUAUUCAUCAGGGACGGAACCCCAUCGUGGAACAUUUCUCUAAUUUUGUUUCUAAUUCUACAAACCUGUCCCCUCAAUGUCAAUGCUCUAUAGUAACAGGGCCAAACAUGGGUGGUAAAUCGUCUUAUGUCAAACAGAUUGCAUUGAUCAUUAUAAUGGCACAGAUUGGAUGCUAUGUCCCUGCAGAAUCUUCCACGUUAGGCAUUUUCAGCACCAUACUAACAAGAAUGGGUGCCCAAGACGAUUUACUGAAGGGAGAGAGUACCUUUUUCACUGAGAUGUCUCAAAUGAUGAGUAUCCUGAAUGAAAUGUCCGUGAAAGGCAACAAGCUGGUGAUACUUGACGAACUGGGUCGUGGAACAGGAACGGCAGAUGGUAUUGCUUUAGCAGAAGCUAUACUGGAGUACAUCCUCCAAGAGGAGAAUGAUACGUUGACACUCUUCAUUACACAUUUCCCCAGCAUUUGUAAAUUGAGUGAAAAGUACUCAGGCGUUCAGAAUUUUCACAUGGGCUAUAUCGAAGAAAGAUCGAAAGAAGGCGACUGGCCAAAGGUUACCUUUUUGUAUAAUUUAGUGGAAGGUAUGGCCAAGAAUUCGUAUGGACUUAAUGUUGCAAAGCUUGCUGGUGUUGACGAUGUAUUAAUUCAAAGGGCUUUCGAGAUAAGUGAGACUCGUCGGGUCCAAGUCGAGCAACAUCAAUCAUUCAAGGAAACGCUAGCAGUAAGAGAUGAAUUUCAAAGAGUAACACAAGGAGAGGGUGAGUUGAAGAGUGUCAUGAGACUCAAGAAGUACAUCGACGAGUGUUGA